UGCUGCUACUUAUCAACAACACAACUGCGAAGCUUCACGCUGUAAACACGCCGUGAAAUUACGCCCAUAAUGCAAAGCGGGAACUGACGUCACAUUUCUCAACACCGGGUUUUCGCUAGUCUACCCGGGUCUGCGAAAGACAGCUGAGGGUUUCCAGACGGGGGAUCCCAGCUUCAUUGCGGCCUUAUAAUAUCGAAACGCAGGAGCCUGAAGUUUAUUUCAAUGGCGAAAACGUACGAUUAUCUCUUUAAACUGUUGCUGAUCGGAGACAGCGGUGUCGGCAAGACAUGUCUGCUGUUCAGAUUCAGCGAGGACUCCUUCAAUACCACCUUCAUAUCUACAAUAGGAAUAGACUUCAAAAUCAGGACAAUAGAGCUGGAUGGAAAGAGAGUCAAACUUCAGAUUUGGGAUACUGCGGGCCAGGAGAGGUUUCGCACCAUCACUACAGCAUACUACAGAGGAGCAAUGGGUAUUAUGUUGGUCUAUGACAUCUGCAAUGAGAAGUCCUUUGAGAACAUAAAAAACUGGAUUAGAAAUAUUGAAGAACAUGCCUCGUCUGAUGUAGAGAAGAUGAUCCUGGGCAACAAAUGCGACAUGACUGACAGGAGACAGGUGUCUAAAGACAGGGGUGAAAAACUGGCCAUUGAUUAUGGAGUCAAGUUCUUGGAAACCAGCGCAAAGUCUGGCUUGAAUGUUGAAGAGGCUUUUUAUACGAUGGGAAGAGACAUAUUACACAAUCUGAGCUCAAAGUCGACUGACAGCAGUGCUGGAGGAUCAGGAAAACCGGUCAAGAUCACGGAGAAAAAGUCGAAGAGAAUUAAAUUGUUCAAAUGCUCACUCCUCUAAGCUGCUCGUCUGGUGCUCACGUUUGUGGCGUGACAUUAGUGUUUUGGAGGGUUCCUGCCUUUCGGCCUUCCUCGUUGUAGAGGCGCCUCUGGUCAUAAUCAUGGGGCCUUAUUGUCAGCUGGACUUACAGGUUCAUGGGAGGCUUGAGAUGCUUCCCUGAUCUGCUGACCAGAAGAGGAUCAAUGAGGAACGAGGCUUGCGUUCAUAUGCGUUCAUGCAAAAGACUGAUGCAUGAACAUCAGCAGUGGUUUGUAGCUUACCCUGCAGCGACCUGCUGACCGUGGGCUUGUCUGUAGGAUCUCUCAAAAAAAAUAUAUGUUACAAAUAUUGGUCUUAUAAAUGGAAAAAGAAGAAAAACAGAUUAUUUCGUACAAUGUAGCAUCAUUUUAUACGCACUGCCUAUUGUUACAUUUACUAUGAGGAUGCUGUAAGAUAAUCAUAUCAAACUUCAGUAUUGAUUGUAACUGUGUGAAUUCAUAUAUAUUAAUAAGAUUGUGGUAUCCAGUGUUAAUGCCAUCAUUUCUAAUUGUUCAUAUGUGCCUAUUUGAAGUCACAGUAUUGCAAUAGAAAGACAAAAAUAUGUUAUAAAAAAUGCAACCUACUGUUUUUUGGGUUUUUUUUAACUUAUUUUUAAUGGAACCUUUAUUUGUACAGGGUUCUAUGUUAAAACAAAACUGAAAGAGUUGUUUGUUUCUUGAAAGCUGUACUUAAUACAUGUUGUUAUCCAGUUGUCAGUAUUUGCAUGAAAGCUGUAGGGAGACCUCAGAGGGGUCAUUAUUAAGCACACAGUUAUCUGAAGUAGAAAAUGUUUACAGACAGUAUUUGAAAAUGUCGAGCAUAUAUAUAUAUAUAUAUAUAUAUAUAUAUAUAGGAAGUGGAAGUUUUUGGUGUUCACAUAUUGUAUAU